CUUUGUAAAGGUGAUGAAAUAUGGGCUGCCCAUGUUGCUUACUCAAGAUGAAGGCCUCAAAUCCUUCAUUGCCAACCUAACUGCUCAGCUUUCUGAAUGGCUGGAAUCUGGCAAGUUACAGAGAGUGGUUCUGGUCAUACUGAGCAAGGCGACUAAUGAGGUUCUAGAGAGGUGGAACUUCAGCAUUGAGACUGACAAUGAGGUCGUUGAGAAGGGGGAGUCGAGGGAAAAGAGUGACAAGGAAAUCAUGAGGGAGAUUCAAGCAAUCAUGAGGCAGAUUGCUUCAAGCAUUACUUACUUGCCGUGCCUUGAUGAAGCCUGUAAGAGCACACUCAUUCACCCAAUUGAAAAAAAAUGGUUUAUUUCUUUGACCUUGGUGUUCGUCAUGUUCAUGUUCAUGUUCAUGUUAUUGUUUGCUUUAGGUGUGUUCGAUGUUUUGGCAUACACGGAUAAAGAUCUUGCAGUCCCAUUCACUUGGGUUGAGAGUGACCCCAAACUGAUUGCAAAUCCACAAAUUGUGAAAUUGCAUUCCUUUGACACCAAGAUUCACAAGGUUGACACUCUAGUGUCCUACAAGAAUGACGAAUGGGAUGAGCAGUAGCGGAAGGAGAGUGGAGGGGAUAUCCAUGUUUGCUUGACUUUUGGAACUGUGAAUCUUUUAUUCACAUUGGGUUAGAAAAACUAGUUGGAAAGAGGACGAUGACUUGAUCUUAUCAGUAAGAUGUUCUCCGCCUUGGUGUUUGCUACCAUUGGAUGUUGUAUAAUUUGUAUGUGGGUGGGAGGAACUUGUGUUUGAGUUGUAUUCAUUUCAUAUAAGACUACUAUCUAGCAGUUUUCAUAUAUAAAAGGAUCUUGUAGUUUCCGUAUUC